UAUCGUACUUCCUCUGCACUUUUCCCUAUCCAUUUCUAGAAACUCUUGCCAACCCGAAAAUAAUCUACGGGAUCCCGAUUCAGAAUGGCCACAUCCCAUCACAUCCCAGCCCGGCAUUUCUUCCCUCACGCCCUCGGCUAAAUCCCCACCCCUUAAGACUUCCCCACAUUUCCACUCUGAGCACCCACUCACAAACCAAAAACAAUAUCAUCCAAACAUCCGCCGAUAUAAUUUUGAUCAUAUCCGAUCUGUUCAGAUGGGAAUUGUUCCGUUGCGGGGUCUCUCCCAUUCAGAAUAUACAAUGGAUAGAUAAGUCGUGCCUUUUUCGUUUUGUCGUCCUUGAUUUCUCUGUACAUUCUCUUCGCCAUGAAGGUGCUGUUGAGUUUACUGCUGAUAGCAGGCUUCCAUCUUCAAUAUGUUGCGGCUGCAACGUGGUAUUUUCUACGGUGGAAUACUCCGAAUUCUGCGUCGCAGUUUCAACGGUUCUCAAUGCAAAUGACAGUCCCGAACCUGCAGAAGAAAGGGACGUAUUAUCUAUGGCCGGGACUCCAGGAUACGGCGAAUACGGGGGUUUAUCAGUCGGUCUUGGAUGGGAGAUCCGGGACUUGGUGGAUUGGGAGUGGAUGGUGUUGUAGUAAUCCGAAUUUACCGUGGGGCGAUGGAUUUAAUGUAGAUGCACCUGAUGUGGUUAAUAUCACAAUGACCCAUACUCCGGCACCGAACAAUUGGACUUCGACAGUGGAGUACGGUACUCAUACGGCGACGAAUACUUUCCCUUUGGGGAAUAAGAAUUUCAAUCAAGCGAUCCUGGCUAUUGAGUUAACGGGCGUGACGUGGGAUUUUGGAGAGUUGGUUUGGGAGAAUGUUGUUAUGGUGAUGAACACAACAUCAACGUCCUGGUGCACGAAAGCGCCGGAGAAUUACAACAGUGCAACAAAAUACACCAGCACGGGUGGCAUAGCCACAAUCUCAGGAAACGAAGUCACUUGUACGAUUGAGAAAAUAGUGAUGGAGGGACCUGCCACUGCUAGGCUUGGCGAGGGAUAUGUCAUUGAGGGCGAUGGGAGUUGAGGUGAGCAAGAUGGAGGGGGUAUUGUUGUUAGAUAUAGACAAACUUCGAAG